UUAUGUUACAUUACUUGAUGGUAGUGUAUGAGUUCAGGAACAUGCCGCCAGGUCCACGCUUAACGACGCUUCCAGUUCUGGGAAACAUAUUUUCCUUGGAUUUGAAGGCGGAGAAAUUUACAGAAGCUAUUAAGGGGUUGGAAGAGAAAUACGGCCGACUUUUCUCCCUAAAAAUGGGAAGCUACAAGGUUGUAAUGGCAGCAUCUCCGGACGCAGUUUAUGAAAUGCUUGUUACGAAAUCAGCUGAUUAUGCAGGAAGACAGCAGACCUAUGCUCUGUAUUCAAUAAACCUUGGAGGGAAAGAUAUUUUGUUAACUCACUAUGGCCCUAGCUGGAAACUUCAUCGCAAACUUUUCACAACAGCCUUACGCCAAUACCUGUCGGAUAUUCCUCUAAUCGAACGCCGAGUAUUAGCACAAGCAGAGGCACUAACAAAAUAUAUUGAAACACUGAAAGGAAAGCCUUUUGAUCCCUCAGAAAGUUUAAAUCGAACCAUUGCUGACGUUAUCUGUGGCAUAACCUUUGGAGAGGGAUACGACACCACCAAUCCAAAUUUGAACAGGCUCCUGAAGCUUAACGUUGAUUUCGUGUCAGACCACGAGACUGCUCAGCUCGUGAAGAUAAUGGACUUCUUCCCUGUAACACAGUACCUUCCUAUUGAGGCUUACGAUCGAUUCAUUCAGCCUUUCUAUGAAAUGUUCGAUAUCAUUCGCAUAUUUUUGCGAGAGCGAGAGAAGAAUUUCGAUCCUGAGAAACCCAUUCAAGACUUGGUCUCGGGUCUCAUUCUCGCUAAAAAAGAGGCCGAACGCGAAAAUGACAUGGAAAAGUCCGCUUAUCUAUCGGAGGAUUACUUUGUUAACACCGUAGAAAACAUGUUCUUCGCUGGCUACGAAAGUACAAGUACCGCUAUGAAGUGGGCAAUAGCCAUGUUGGUUAACUACCCCAUAUACCAAGAGGAUAUUCAACGACAAUUAGAUGAGGUUGUUGGUGACCGAACGCCGUCUUUGAAUGAUCGACCCAAUCUGCCCCUCAUCCACGCUACCAUCAUAGAAACGCUUCGUAUUGGAAACGUGGCUCCUCUUGCAGCGCCCCAUUCCACCUUGAAUGACACAACUCUCUGCGGCUACCGUGUCCCUAAAGGUACGAUAGUGCUUCCUAACAUAGAGUCAGUUCACCUGGAUCCCAAAUGCUGGGAGAACCCGACUGAGUUCAACCCUUACCGUCACCUUGACGACAAAGGAAACCUGAUCACCAGCCAAGGUAACUAUUUCCCAUUCGGAGCGGGCCGACGGUUCUGUGCUGGCGAACCACUGGCUAAAGUCGAGUUGUUCUUGUUCAUGUCGUGGUUGUUGCAGAAAUUUACUUUCGUUGCGGAAGAAGAUGGGUUUCCGCCAAAGUUGAAAGGCUUGUACGGCUUUGUACAAUUUCCAGCUCCUUAUAAGAUACGCGCCAUCAAACGAAAAUGA